UAUUGGCCGUGGAAGAGGGGUUUUCCGACAUGUCCCAUUCGUAGACGAAAAAUAAAUAUAAAAAAGAAGACUGAAAAACAAAACUAAAAUUCCAUUCUCCAUUGACUUGACCCAUUCACUCUCUUUUAAUUUCUCGCUAUUCAUGCUUUCUUUCAUUCGAUGCUGAGAAAAAAGCAGCACCAGCUACCAGCGCGUGACCGUUGCUAUUGAAAAUUAAAAUUAAAAUUAAAAAAUAAAAGAAAAAUGCGUGUUCCCGUGUUGGUGGCUUUCGCCGCAAUGGCGGUUACGGUUACGGUUGCAUACGGUGGUUUUCCGGGAAAUUAUCUUCCUCUUGAACGGACCAUCCCUCUUAACCACGAAGUUGAAUUAACGGCUCUCAGAGCUCGCGAUAGAGCUCGUCACGGUCGAAUCUUGCAAGGUGUUGGUGGCAUUGUCGACUUCUCAGUCCAAGGAACCUCCGAUCCUUACUUAGUUGGGUUGUAUUUUACUAAAGUGAAGAUGGGAUCUCCUGCUAAAGAAUUUUAUGUUCAAGUAGAUACUGGAAGUGACAUUUUGUGGCUUAAUUGCAAUACUUGCAGUAAUUGCCCCCAAUCUAGUGGCCUAGGGAUUGAGCUCAAUUUCUUUGACACGGCUAGCUCGUCCACUGCUGCACUGGUUUCCUGCUCGGACCCAGUGUGUUCUUAUGCAGUUCAAACUGCUACAAGUCAGUGCUCUUCUGAAGUUAAUCAGUGCAGCUACACCUUUCAGUAUGGGGAUGGAAGUGGGACAUCCGGUUAUUAUGUUUAUGAUGCCAUGUAUUUUGACGUGAGCAUGGGACAGACUGUGUUUUCUAACUCUUCAUCUACCGUCGUUUUUGGGUGUAGCACCUACCAAUCCGGGGAUUUGGCUCGGACAGAAAAGGCGGUUGAUGGAAUUUUUGGGUUUGGCCCUGGUGCUUUAUCUGUUAUAUCACAAUUAUCAUCACAAGGCAUGGCACCCAAAGUGUUCUCUCAUUGCUUAAAGGGAGAGGGCAAUGGAGGAGGUGUACUGGUUCUUGGUGAAAUUAUGGAGCCAAAUAUUGUUUAUACCCCACUUGUUCCAUUACAGCCUCAUUACAACUUAAAUCUUCAAAGUAUUGCUGUCAAUGGACAAAUUCUCCCAAUUGAUGAAGAUGUAUUUGCAACAUCUAACAAUCGAGGAACUAUAGUUGAUUCUGGUACUACAUUAGCAUACCUUAUUCAAGAAGCUUAUGAUCCUUUUCUCAAUGCUAUAACUACCGCUGUGUCACAGUUUUCCAAACCCAUUAUUUCCAAAGGAAACCAGUGUUAUCUGGUCCCAACCAGCCUAGGUGAUAUAUUUCCUCCAGUCAGUUUAAAUUUCAUGGGUGGAGCAUCCAUGGUUUUAAAACCAGAACAGUAUCUUAUACAUUAUGGUUUCCUGGAUGGUGCUGCAAUGUGGUGCAUUGGUUUCCAAAAAGUGCAGAAGGGAUUCACAAUUUUAGGAGAUCUUGUUCUAAAAGAUAAGAUUUUUGUAUACGACUUAGCUAAUCAACGAAUCGGGUGGACUGACUAUGAUUGUUCCUUGGCUGUAAAUGUCUCGAUGGCUACGAGCAAGAGUAAGGAUGCAUACAUCAAUGCAGGACAGAUGCGUGUCAGCUCCUCCCACAUUGGCAUUCGCUUCGAGUUGGUACUUGUAAGCAUUGUGGCUUUUCUUCUGCAUAUAAUAGUUUUCAUGGAGCCCCAGUUUUUGUAGAUAAUGUUCAAGAGUCAAAGCUCAACCUUAGAAAAAUUUACCGGGGUUGGCCGAUGUUUUAUUUGUUGUCGGCAUACCCUUGAUACCUUUCCAAUUAGUACAAGGAAAAUGCGGAUCUCACUGUAAAGGGGCUCUGUUGUUGAGAAAUGGAGAAUUAGUAUAUUAGUAGAGUUCUGAAGUAGAUUGAAAUUGUACUAUUUAUAAACUGCUCUGACUGCAUAAAAAAAGUUCACCUUCGGGGUUGUGAUUUUAAGCCAGUGUUUAGUGUAUACAAAUGUCAUUCUUUUUUUAUUGUGAAAUGUUGGUUGUUAGUAUGUUAUUUAGUUGACAAAGUUUGAACUUUAGACUUUCUUCUCAAUCUCUUUUGGAUGUCCCAACUCAACCAAUGUAUUGGCAUUACGAAUGUUAUAUAAUCAUGAUUUUCUGUUCCUGGAGUUA